AUGACGUUUUUCACCUGCACGUUGCAGCUGCUGCUGUUUGCAGUUUCGCUGCUGAUCCCCACGCUGGUGGCUGUGCGGAUGCUGUCAGCAGCAGGCCGCGACGCAGCAGCAGCAGCAGCAGCAAUGCGUCUUCUGGAGUACUUCUUGCUGCUGUGCUGCCUGCAGCAGCUGCUGUCGAGUUUCCCCGUGUCGGUGCUGCUGCGGGUGCUGCCCGCCUCGCUGCUGCUGCUGCUGAAGCUCGCAGCAGCAGCAGCACUUGCUGCUCCUGCCCUCGGCCUCCCCUCCAAAGCACUUUGCUUCGCAACAGCUCACUAUGAAGAAUACUUAAAGGGAGCAGCAGCAGCAGCAGAAGAGAAGAUUCUGAAGCCCCUCAAGGCCAACGUGCAGCACGCCCUGGACCUGGCCCGCCAGCGCACCCAGUGA